CCAAAAUUUAAGUAGGAAUUAAAAAAAAUAAAGAUAUCCGAAAUUAACAAACAUUGAAUGCGGCAUAGUUUGAGAAGUCCAAACACGUGACUACAAUUUAAUCUUGAAAAAUAAAUAAAUCAAAUGCAAAUUAUCUACGCUAUUAUAUUUGUUGUGUAAUAAUAAUAAUAGUCUUGGUAAUUAAUUAUAUCAUAUAUAUUCGUACAUUAAUAUCAAUAUAUUCCUAACCUUUACUUGUUACAAGUAUUAUUUACUAAUUUACCACAAUAAAGAUAAUAUUUAAAAAGAAAUGAAAGAAUAAUAAUAUAAGUUAUAAGAUCAUAAGUUAGAUUAAAAUGGUUAACUUAGAAGAUAUUAGUCGCCAGCUUUUGAAAUCAUCAAAAAGUUUUUCGAGUUGGAACUUUCCACUUUCAGAAAUUCUCACAGAAUAUUAUUCUUUACUCGAAGGAAACUGCGAUGUUAAUUUUGGAGAAGCUGCAUUAAUCCUUCAAAAUUCUGUUAACAUUUUCACGCAAAGGGUUGAAUGUCUUCUCAAUGAAACUAUACAUUUAAAUGAAACUUUUAUUGAUUAUGAUUCUGAAAAAGAUGUUGAUGCGAAUGAAAGUUCUAAGUGCAGUAAAGUAAAAAAUUAUAAAAGAAUUUUGAAUAAAAAUUCAAUCAAUUUUGAUGACUUUAAAUUAUGCAAUUUGUCAGAUAAUAUUGGAAAAAAUAUUAAUACAAAGAAUAAAUUUAACAUCGAAAAACCAGUGAAAUUGUUAACACGACGGUUUGUUCAAUUGGAAAAUAUUAUUGAAAAUCCUGUGGAUAAUGCGAUAAAAAUAAUUGAUAUUCAUGGGGAUAUUAUAGGGAAAAAAUAUGAUUUCAGAUGUAAUCAAUAUUUGAGUAUGAAUGGUCUACUGAUAGAUGAACCUACCCCGGAUGAUUUUAAAAUAAUGGACAAUAAUAACUCUGCUACUUCGGGAUAUUGUUCGAAUACGUCGAUAUUUGAUAGCUCUUAUAAUUCUAAUAAUCCGAUUGAUACAACUAAUAUAACCACCGACAAUAACACAGAAACUUUAACAAAUUGUUCUUUGUCACCAUUAGAAGAACUCGCUGAUUGUUCGGUCCAUAUGGAUGACUUUAAUGAAACAGACGAUGCAAUUUUUGAAAAAGAACAGACUACAAAUAUUGCUCAGAAAAAAGAGUCACAGGAUAAUUCUAAAACUAAUAAACAAUUAUUUAAUAAUUGUGAUACUAAUAUGAAUAAUACGGAUAAUGUGUGCAAUAUUUCUAAUAAAAAUCAACAUUCUAGUGGAAGAGUAAAAGAAAUAAAAUUUCCAACUAAUAUGAAGAAAACGUAUAAUUCAAAAAUGUGGGAACCGAUAUCCCUUACACAUAAUAUUUCAAUAAAAAAGAAACGUAUCGAUCUACUAAAUUCAACUUCGAUAGUUUUGAAGACUGAACGUAAAAAAAAGAAAAUAAUUUCGCAAAUGCACAAAAACGAGUGUGUGGUAAAUUUUCUUUUAAAAGAAUCUAAAAUGUUGCAAGACAAAUAUUCUACACAGAAAGCCAAAAAACAAUUACUACCACAAUUCAGAUCAGAAGAAGUUGAUGAAAUACAAAAGGUUUUCAAGGAUUGUUUCAAAAACACAGAAAGCUUAAAUUCUUUCGAUGAUCAAGUAAUAAACGCAACAACGAAUGAUUUAAGAAUGAGAACGAAUUCUAUUGGAGAUGAUUCUUUUUCGGAUGAUACAUUUUAUGAAGAUUCUGGUAUAUUAACAUAUACACCGAGCAUACUUGAUUGCGAUAUCAGUCCAGUUUCUUCAACUGAUUUAAGAGUUUCGAGAGUGGAUAGCAUUUCCUCCCAAAUUGAUUUGCAACUUUCUUUACCAAAUUAUGAAAGACUGAUCGAAGAUAAAAUGAAAGAACUAUUUGAGGAUUCGGAUGUUAAGACUGAAUUUGAUCAUAAAAUAAUUAAAUGGCAUCAAUCGAUGCAAUUGAAAUUUGCCGAAGUCGAACAAAGGCCAAUAUUUUGUAUACAAAACUAUGCAUCUCAAAUAAUGAAAAAAUUGAACAAUAAAAUUCAGACUAAUAAAAAUCAGAACAUCUCUUUCGAUGAUAUUGUUAAAGACGAGCAAAGCUACGACGUAGCUAGAUAUUUUCUAGCAUUAUUACAAUUGGCCAAUACUUACAACGUGGAUUUAAAAAAGAACAAAACUAUCGACGAACGUAUAGAAAUCGUAUUACUCGAUACGAGUAGUAAAGAUGCUCCAAAUUAAAUUUAGAAGUAUCUAAAAAGAUCUACUAAUCAGAUGUUAACCAAAGAUAUAAACCAGUGCUGUUAGAUAUAGUAAUAAUAAUAUAAAAUAAGGGAAAGAGAGAGAAACUUUUUGUGUAUAAAUUUAUAAUAGACAAAAAAUAUUUUUCAUAGAAUUAUUUUUACAUUUAACUUAUAAAACUAAUGAAUUGUAAAAAUGAAUGGUAAUUAUUUCUCCAUAAGAGUUUUUGUAAUUAAUAUAAUAAUAUUAAGAAAUGUUAAAUCA